AUGAAAGCUUUUCUUGUACUCGUCCUCUUUUGUCUACUGGUGUAUACAGUGUCAGGACAAGAAAGCAAUGAACGAAGAUGGAAUAAAAUGAAGAACAGACCUCGAGCCCGACUUCUAGAUGUUGCAGAUAACAAAGAAAAUGCUCAAAGUCGAACUCAACAAAAGGAAACCGGUUCAGUGACCAAUGGUGAUGGAAGCAACCAGUCAGAAAACAGACAAGCAAAUCAAGGCCGGAGACCAAACUUUGGACAGCGAAGAAACAGUGGAGGCCAGAGACCAAGCAGAAGGAACAACCGAUGGCGGAGACCCUCUAAUGGUCGCUCAGAACAACAGAAAGACUGGUCGGACGUCCUGAAGACAUCGUGGAACACGUCCCUCUCCGAGGGUAGCACCAUUAACGAGCGGGGUUUCGUCUCCAACAACAACCAGAUAGGCUUCCUAAUGUCCAGGGACCCUCUCCUCGCACCUGCAGGAUUCAAUCACAGCUUUUCUAUGAUUGAUUUUGGAUCGGGUAAAGAAGCAAUCCGUGUGGAAGUCUACGAGCCGCCCACCAACAAAGAGAACCAGUCAAACAACACACGUAGCUGGAAGUUCUGGGCCAGAAAGAAGCAUCUUUGUUUCAUUUUUGACGCACCCAUCUCUCUGUUUGAGUUCUCACAGGAACUGCAGCUCCGUUCUUCUAUUUCUUGGGCAGGACCGAUACCACUGGGUAACCUGAAGACAUUUGUAGCCAGACAGUCUAACAGAGUGACAGACCUGGGGUCAAACGGGGCCAUUGGCCGUCUCUGUGGCAGAGCUGCGGCCCGCGGAAUGACCUUCACCGUGGUUGCAGAUUCGUCCGUGACGGAGCCCAUGGACACGUUUUUAGUGAUGGGACAGGUGGACCCUCUGCAGCCUUUGACUUCAGUUCCAUAUGAAAUUAAGCUCGAACCCGGAAUACUUGCUUAA